AUGCCUCAAUCGCCAGCUCGUCCGAGCACCAGUGAGGAUGUUACGGUGCCAGAGGCCAGCGCACAAGCUUCAAGCUCUACGCAUCGGAGUGCAAAGCCCACCUCUCCACGUCCUACCGCCCUACUCACCAAAUCCUGGACUUCUGCGUCCGUGCUACCUUCUGCAACAUCGUCCCGCAUCACAGUUGCAGCCAACACUAGCACUGCGGCCGACGCUUCUUCUUCUCGAUCGCAGCCGACAUCGCAGGGGAGCAGCUCAGCGUCAACAAGGACCUCAACCCCAUUGCCGGAGCUAUCCUUCAGUCCGUCCACACCACAAUUCGCCGCGCAGGAAACAUUCUCGAGCGCAGACCAGCUGGCGGUCCCAUCUGUUGGUACCAGCAGCCGCUCGGUAUCACGCCAGACUUCGGAUCGAAGCGAAUCUCCGGGUACCUUUGACGAUGCUGCCCAAGAUGAGCCAGAAGCUCUCGGUAUAAAUGCAAGCUCGAGCAUCCAUGCUCUUCACCUUCUGCACCGCGUCAAUGAUAAAGCAGCCGCAGACAGAGCUUCACAUACUCGGAGCCUACGCUCACGACUCUCUCAGCUUUCGAUCGGACGAGCGUCUGCCAGGAAUCGCAGUCGGAGCAACAGCAGGGAUGCUUCGACGAACGCACGUGGCCUUCCGCCAGAGUUUCUCGAGACAAACCAGCCACGUUCGGCCGCUGCAGAUGCUGUUCAGGACUCAGCAAUACCUACUCAACCAAUCGAUCAGAGUCAGCUAGCGCAAGGCACGGCACGCCCUACAUUGCCCGAGCUUGAAGAGCAAUAUCCGGAUCGCAAAUAUUACAUCCUUUCGUCGGCUGGCAAGCCGAUCUACAUUUCACACGCAUCGCUUUCUCGCCGCCGAAGACGCCGCGAGAAACGACGUCAGCAGCAACAAACGAGCUCAGUGGAUGCCGAGUUUACAAGGGAUCCCCAAGCUCGCCAUGACAAGGGCAACGAGAGCGACGAAGAAGACGAGAGCAGCACCACACAGGUCGGCGUCAUGCAGGCGCUCAUCUCCAUCUUUGCCGACGAAGACUCGGACAAGCUCCGUUUCAUCCGGCAGGGUGAUCUCCUCAUCACCUUUCUCCUCCGUGCGCCACUCUACCUCGUCUGCGUCUCGAGCUGGAACGAGGAGCCUAGCACGCUUCGUCGACAUCUCGAGUAUCUCUAUCUCCAAGUCAUCAGUCUUGUUUCGGCGAGUCAGCUGACCAGGCUAUUCUCCCGCAUGCCCAACUUUGACCUUCGCAGGCUGCUGGAAGGGACAGAGGGCAUCUUUGACUAUCUGGCCAAUCAACUCAACGCCAACGAAGCGGAAGACGACGGCGCAGAAGCUGACGGAUCCGCACACAAGAGACCAGUCACCGACUGGGCUUCCUGUCAUCAGUGGUGGCUCCAGGCGCUCCAACCUAUCCGCAUCACCGUGCCCAACCUUCGCGAUCAUCUGACUGCAGCCUUGCAGCCGCCUACCGCCGAGUCAGGAUCAUCACACGCUCAGCCGCACAGACCCAAAGAUCUGCUAUACGUGCUACUGUGCGCCAACGGCAGAAUCGUGACGCUCCUAAGACCGAGGAAGCAUGCCGUUCACCCAAUCGAUCUGCUCUUGUUGACCAAUACCGUCAUGGGCAGCCGUUCGAUCAAACGCUCCGGUGGUUCCGAAGAAGCAGAGAUAUGGCUGCCUUUCAGCAUGCCCAAAUUCGCACCGCAAGGAUUCGUGCAUGCCUAUGUCAAGUUCUUGAACCCCGAAAGCUGGAUCAGCACCGAGCAGGCGGCAUCCGAGCCCACCAGAGAAGGCAAGAUGAGCUCGUCCGAGCUGGCAGUCAUUGUCGUGACUGGCGACAAGGACGCUUUCCCAACGGUAUCAAACUGGAUUUCGUCUCUUGUCGCUCAUCCUCCUGCCGCUGCUGGCCAGAACAACGCUUCAGAUGCAGCCUCGAUCAAGUCGACCGAGAGCACAUCUCGUAAGCAGGCAUCCAAGACCAGGUCCGCAUCAAAGUCGCUCAAGCCGUCACGCUCAGUCUCAACGGGCGAAAACCUGCCGUCGUGGUUGACCAACUUUCAACGACAUAUGCUGACGCUCUGUCGUCACCUCACCGACCCACUCAACGUCGAAGACGGAUCUCCACGCGUGUCCACCUACACCUGCGCCGAACUGAAUCUGCCAGGACUACGACAUUUCGUCUACCGAAGCAACAGCACCAUCCAACUCACCUCUCCCACCCUACCCGCGCCCUACGCUACCAGCUCUUCCGAUCGCAAACGCCUUUUCACGCUCUACUCGCUCGUCCAUCAUCACAUUCACCACCCCGUACCACCGUCCACCUCUCCUUCACCUGGAGAAAACAUCACCACUUCCAACCCAACAACCCCUGCCGCAGCCGCUGUCGCCUCCACCACAGGUAUGCUCGACGGAGUGUUCGGCAACGCUACACUUUCACGCCCGCUGUUGAACGCCGAUCGGAGGCUCAAGAUGCACCUGGUCAAGACGGAGAACGAACAGGUGCUGGGCUGGAUCACCAGUCCGUUCGAGUUGUACCUCUGUCUCAAUCCGCAGCUGAGCAAGAGCGCCAUCGUGGCGGUGGCGAAUGGUCUGACAAAGUGGAUCAAGUCGAACGAGAAGGAUUUGUUCUUGGUCAAUGCUGGUAGUUUCUAG